AUGUUGUGUCGUUCAUGCAAAAAGCGAUAUCAUUACAACUGUGUUUCGACAUCCAAAACAUCCUAUGCCGAGCUUACCGAGAACUAUAAGAGUACAUGGCUUUGUCCUAUCUGUGCCAGACCAAAGAGCGACAACACAAAUACACCUAUUAGAGGCUCACUAUUUAACUCAGCUUUGGAGGAAUAUGCUGAUCAAAGUUGCAACGUUACUCGCCGUAUAAAAGACAGCGAACGAAAGAUUAUGGGACCUACUACAGCUGAAAUAGAUCUUGAUGACGUUCGGUCUAUUGUUAGAGAAGAGAUGAAAUCGUUGCUAGACGUGUUUAAGAAAAGUAUAUUGGAUGAAUUUACCUCAAAAACUAAUGAAGUUCUGGCUUCAAUCAACUUCCUUGAAGACCAAUAUGAAACCAUUAAAAAAGAACUUUCAGCCAAAAACGACGAGAUAAAAUUGCUACAGGCUAAUAAUAAUAAUUUAAAGACCACAGUUAGUGACCUUCAAGCUAGACUUAAUCUACUCGAAAAUCAAUCUAGAGCCAAAAUUUUUGUACGUAUAAAAAUAAUAGAGCAUCCCGUUUGCUCGGCUAUUUGCUUACGAUACAGACGUGAAGACAAUGGUCCCAACAAAGAUCAGGCCGUCUAUAAAAGUGUAUUUGCGAAGAAAUUUAAUAAAGCGGAAGUGGACGACCAUUACGGCGCCCCUGCAGCCUUUACA